AGGCCAGGGUCACCCACCAACUGGUCCAGUGCAGCGGUAGUGCAGAUCACAUAUGCACAAGAUUCACAAAAUUGUCAAAAACCAGGCAGUCGAGUGUGUAGUGUGAACGCGCACGCACACGUGACGCAGUGAGACACAGUCGUGUCAGCGCUUCCGUCUGCUAGCCCGAUCGACUAGCCAGCGCCUGCACGAGAUACGAGAUGGAAGAGCUGUUGGCGCAGCGGAGCAGUGCCUGAACAGUCAGUGGAGAGAGAGGAAGGCACAUGUCUGGCUUCAUCAUCAGAGGAGGUUCGAACUCUGGGCUGCUGUUAGUGUUCCCUUCCUAGACGUCUCUUCACAAGUCAGUCAUCUCCAUCAUGACUUGCUAGCAGCACAGUGCAUGCAGUAUUGUACACGGACGCGGCACGCACCUACGACCAACUGCUGGUUAUUACGUCGCGAUGUCGCACUGGGCAGAGCAAUAGCAGCCGCCUUUCACCAACUGAACAAGCCGCCAAGAUGUGCUCUCGAAUUGCCGACUGCCAGACACCCUGGCCUAAGUCAGCGCUAGCGUGCAGUACAGCUACGUCGUCUUCCCCACGGGCCGCAGUACUCAUGGUACUGGUAGGACGAGUCGCUCAGAGGUUUACACUAGUCUAUUACAUGUAUAUGCAUAGCGUGACACACGAGUCAUCAUAAUCAAGGCUGACUUUCAACGUAGAAUCUACGCCGACUAGAUCUAGACGGCAUUUGUGCGCGUGUAUACACACGGCACUUGCCAGGCGUCCUCGCGUGCAGAAAUAGGGUUUCUCUGGGCCGGCAAAUAAUUCUGUACGAGAGCGGUAUCGCCACUGCUGCUGCUGCCGCACUAGGAAUGUGUAACGGGAGAUGCACUCACUGGCAUAAAUUGUCAAUUUCCAACAUAAAACCAAAUCAGUUGUGAGUUGCAGUAAACAGACGUGCACCACGAAACAGGACGCAAGUGGGGUCUGGAGAAUAGUGACUUUGAGGACAAGCAGGGUCACGACGGAGACACGGAGUUGUUUGCUUACUAAGGAUUACCUCAAAGCUGCGCGGAAAGGGCAGCAAGAAGAGAAAACCAGUGUAGAAAGUGAAUGGUAGGUUCAGCAGCAUAGCAACAGGUUUGGUUUCUGAGCUGUGAAGAUGGGCACACAGCCGAGUAAACUGCAAAAGGGUGCGAAAAAGUUCGAGAAAGGGAUGAUGCUGUGCAUCUCGGGCGGCGGUGACGAAGAUUGCAACGAGCAAAUGACUAGCUAUCAGUUGCAGCGCUACACGCACAGUCCGUCCGAAAACAGACCGAACAGGUCACCGGCUCGCACGUUGACGCCGCGACCGUGUGACGACCUCAUGCCCUCAUCGCUCUCAACUUCUCCGUGCUCACUUGGCCAUUCCUCACAACAUCGGAGAUUAUCUUCGACCAAGUCAAGUUUCAGUUCAAGUUGGUUGGAGGACACAAGCUCGUCGGUGGACACUCGAAGUGAGCUGAGUCGAAGCUGCGUUUCGCCACCUUCGAGGCGAGAACAACAACUUCCUGUCGCGGACGUCACGAAUUUCCGCCACAUUCAGCAGCACCAGGGUCGUCUGGCUGCUGGGUCACGAUCGCCAUCCACUGCUAGCGUCGCCUCGACAGGCCCCACUGGCCCGCUGAAAACGACCUGGAAUCGACUGGAGACGGAUCUGGAAUACUACGGAAUGAUCCUAUUAGAUAAGAUCAUCGAACAAGAGCCACAGGCGUGUUACUUGAUGACAUUCGUGCGCCACACGGACAUCGCCGCACUGCUGGCAGACCUGGCACAGCAGCGCAUACUGGCGGUGCGCAUCAUGGAGACGGUGGGCCUGAUGGUCGAGUGUGCCGACGACUGGAAGACGGCAGAGCCAGUGCUGAGUAGCCUGGCGCGGCGACACAACGUCAGCGCACGCGACCUGCGCUACCACAUCCAGGUGCUCAACAGCAGCCUGUUCGCCAUGCUCCACGUCGCCAUGGGACCCGAGUGGAACGCGCACAUGGCGACGGCAUGGAAGGCCCUGCUGGCGCAGGUGUGCAGCACGCUGUUCAACCAGCCGGAAGGCCACCGCAGCAGUAGCUCCAGUCCGAGUCACCCGCUACGCACAGCCACCGCCUGCAGCAGCGCGUACAGCACCACAAACAAUCUUGCCUGGACGUCGGUCAAGUGGAAGUCGACGGAUAGCAAGGACGCUUCUCGCAAGACCAGCAGUCCACUGCCGUUCAAGAGCCUGGACGACUUGACUCGCGCGUGGCACGCCUCGUCACGCUCUGCGCGGCUGCAGUCGCUAAAACUGACACGGACGAGUAGCUCAUCGCCGACCAAGGAGCAGUGCAACAGCAGUCGCAAAGCGUCAGCAUCCGCCGGCCUGAGCCACACUGCACUGCCGAAAUCACCACUAAAACGAUCCUGGUCAUCUCGAUGACAUCAACAAUGACAUCACUCUACAUAGAUGCGUUUUGAAGAGUUUUCUAUUGUCUUGAAUACCACUAGACAGCGCUAUACGGAGAGCCACGAUGCAAUCAAAUAACACACAGAGCUGUUCCUGCUAUAUCAACACUCCUUGUUCUGUUCAACCCUACCUUGAACCCUGAAAUUCCUGUUGACAGACCCGGUCAUCAAGAGAACCGACAGUUGAAUACGAUCACCAGUUUUACACUUUAUUUAAGCCGAGUUUACAACUAACUUAUCUUGAGCACUAUCUCCUAUUCUAUUACUAAAGAGAGAAUUGUACUACCAGUAUAACCAGCGGCUAUUGGUUGAUUGGAGAAAUGAAUGGUGAC